AUGCGCAUGGCGUCGGAGCGCGUCACGCUCAAGGACGACUUCGCGCGCGCCAAGGACGGCCACGUCCUGCCGCUCGAGGAGCGCUACGCGCGGAAGGCGCUCGGCGAGCACGGCGGCGUCUGGGUCGUCUACGUCUGCGACCAGGAGGACCGCAAGGCCUGCGCGUCGCUGUCCAAGGUCGUCGAGGCCUUCGCGAAGCGCGUCAAGGGCUACGACUGGCUCCGCGUCGCCGCCGUCAACGCCGCGGUGGAGUCGAACCGGGGCUGGGUCGACGCGCUCGGCCGCGACGCGGGCGCGGGCGACCGGCGGAACUGGCCCGCGGUCUUCCUGCUGCCGCCCCUGCCCUGGGCCGCCGAGGGCCGGGCCUGGGACCGCUACGUCGACGCGGAGCCCGUGGACUGCGAGCCGCACAACAACCUGCCCAUGCGUUUGGCGAGGGUCGCGAAAUGGCUCCGGGACUCGCGCGUGCCCCUGCUCGACACGUCGCCGGACCAGCGCGGCUGCUCCGCGGCGGACCGGACCUGCGCGGCCGUCGACGAGAAAACGCCCAUGGCGACGCUGCUCGUCGACGACGGCAUGGGGCCCCACGUGCUCCGCGCGCUCCGCGUCGCGAGGGCGAAAUACGCGCCGCUCUUCGACGUGUCGCUGGCCACGUGCUUCGCCGGGGACGGCAAGGCGGCCUGCGCCGCGGAGCGCGGCGGCUUCCCGCGGCUCGGCGUCGAGCACCGCGGCGAGCCCGCGUUUUGGUUGGAGCUCGCGGACGACCGGAAGAUCGACGACGCCGAGGCCGCGACGCGGCUGCGCCACGCGCUCGCGGGCAUCUACGCCGCGCGGCGCGCGUCGCUGACGCCGCGCGCGUCGCGCGCCCUCGCCGUCGACGGCCUCGGCGACAUCAAGGACCCGUGCGCGAUGGCGGGCUUCGACGGCAACUUCAAGCGCAUGGACGGCCUCUACUUCGGGAAGCCCGCCUGGAAGCGCGGCAACGUCCUCGUGCGCUGGCACCCGGGCUCGAGCCGGAACCGGGGCAACGGCGCGUGGCUCAUCACGGACCACGAGACCAUGGACCGCGCGUGGGGCUACCUCGAGGCCGACGUCAUGCUCCCCCUGUCGAACGCGUCGGCGAACUGCUGGACCUUCUACUGCCACUCGACCAAGGAGUGGACCUGCCAGCCCCACGUGUCCAUCAAGGACCUCUCGUAG